UCGGGGGAGGCGGGGCGGCGCCGGCAAGAUGGCGGCGCCGGAGCGGUUGGUGUUUCAUGAGAAACCGAGCCACAAAAAGUACAGGGCCGCACUGAAGAAGGAGAAACGGAAGAAACGCCGGCAGGAACUCGCACGAUUGAGAGACUCAGAAGCUUCACAGAAGGAGGAGGAAGAGGACACUUUAAUUGAAGAACAACAACUAAAAGAAGAGAAGCAGUUGGAGAGAGAGAGGCAAAAAUUACAUGAGGAGUGGUUGCUGAGGGAGCAGAAAGCACAAGAAGAAUUCAGGAUAAAGAAGGAAAAGGAAGAGGCAGCUAGAAAACGACAGGAAGAACAAGAGAGAAAGUUAAAGGCAGAAUGGGAAGAACAGCAGAAAAAAGAGAAAGAGGAAGAAGAGCAGAAGCUGCAGGAGAAGAGAGAAAAAGAGGAAGCGGUACAGAAGCUGCUGAAUCAGGCUGAAAAUGAGUUGGAAAAUGGUACCACGUGGCAGAACCCAGAACCACCCACGGAUUUAAGAGUAAUGGAGAAAGAUCGAGCCAAUUGUCCAUUCUACAGUAAAACGGGAGCUUGCAGAUUUGGAGAUAGGUGUUCACGUAAACAUAACUUCCCCACAUCGAGUCCUACUCUUCUUAUUAGAAGCAUGUUUACAACAUUUGGAAUGGAGCAGUGCAGGAGGGAUGACUAUGACCCUGAUGCGAGCCUGGAAUACAGUGAAGAAGAAACCUACCAGCAGUUCCUAGACUUCUACCAUGACGUACUGCCUGAGUUCAAGAACGUGGGGAAAGUGAUUCAGUUCAAGGUUAGCUGCAACUUGGAACCUCAUCUGAGGGGCAAUGUCUAUGUUCAGUACCAGUCGGAAGAAGAAUGCCAAGCAGCCCUUUCUCUGUUUAAUGGACGAUGGUAUGCAGGAAGACAGCUUCAGUGUGAAUUUUGCCCAGUGACCCGGUGGAAAAUGGCAAUUUGUGGUUUAUUUGAAAUACAACAGUGUCCAAGAGGAAAACACUGUAACUUUCUCCAUGUGUUCAGAAAUCCCAACAAUGAAUUUUGGGAAGCAAAUAGAGACCUCUACCUGUCUCCAGAUCGGACUGGCUCUUCCUUUGGUAAGAAUUUAGACAGGAGGGAAAGGGUGGGCUACCACAAUGAUUACCAUAGCAGGCCCCGGAGGAGGAGAAGCCCUGGUCCAGACCACUCCAAGAGAAAUGGGGAGUCCGAGCAGAAGAGGAAGAGUAGUCACAGAGGGAAGAAAUCGCACAAACACGCAAGAAGUCGUGAGAGGCACAGUUCCCGAAGUAGAGGAAGGAAAAGGAACCACAGCCGCGGCCGGGGCAGCCAGAGCAGCCAGAGCCAGAUCCACAGGGGCCGNNNNCGCAGCCGCAGCCACAGCCACAGCCGGAGCCGCCGCAGCCGGAGCGGCCGGAGCCAGAGCCGAAGUCCAAUCAGAAGUAGAAGCAGGAGUCCAACCCGUAGCCAGAGCCGGAGCAGGUCUAGGUCUAGGAGUGGUGGUGGCAGGAGGUCAGACAGUAGAGACAGAGCCAUUCAGAGCCCCAAAUCCAAAUAAAGUUGCUUUCUUAAAUGAUUGUGUAUCUUAUGGGUGCUACAUACUUGGAUAGAGUGUUAUGAACUUAGAUGGGUUCAUGAGUCUGGGCCUAGAAUCCUGGUUAAAAAUACUUUUAUUCUUUGAUAAUUACAAAGUGUAUUUAGUAUAGAAAACCCAACAACAUGGACUUUACUUGUAGUUCUAACCUUGAGAGAGUUAACAGUGGAGCACUGCUUUUGUUUUUUUGGCUCUAGUUGAAUGUCUGUCACAAGAAAUAGUGUUUCUUUGUCUUGUUCUUUUAUUUUUACUUACUGCCUAGUGUACAUCUACCAGUUUCUUCAACCAGAUCCUCAUUGGAUUUUUAAUUUUGUAGUAGCUGAGACUAAUCUUUGAUGGAUUUCCUUAACUAUUCCACACAUUUCUGAUCAUUUCCUCAGGCUUAUCACAUCAGGAUGAGUAUUAUAUUUCCAAAUUAUCUUUUAUUACCAACAAUAAACUUGGCUGCUUCCACAACACUGUUAUGGCCAUUGGCUGUUUGCCCUUUUUAAAUAGUGGAUUUUUCUAUAUGCAAAAGCUGAACAGCUUUUUUGUUUUAAGGUGCUAAAAGGUCAAGUUUAUUUGCUCCCUUGUAUACCUGCAGCCUGCCCCCCCUUCAGCUGAGAGCUUUCUGCCAGGGUGUUUAUCUUUUUAAAAUAAUGUAUUCUUUAUAUAUGGAUAUGGCUUAUUUUGUCAUUUACAGGAAAAUUAGUCACUGCUAGUGAACAUACCUAGCUAGUGUCAAAGAGAUUCUGGUGUAAAAAUAAGAAUGGGGGCCUGAGAUUUAACUCGAUGGCACCACACCUGCCUGGCAAGCACAAGGUCCCAAAUUCAAUCUCUGGUGGUGGUGGUGGU